CAGACCACUGUUUAUGGCAGAAAAAUCUUGAUCUUGAUUCCUCAAAACCUUAGCAAGAUAAAUGCGACCCCCCCCCAAGAUCAAGAUUACGGCCCAAACGUGGUUAUGGGUUUCAGUCACAAUAUCGUUGAUUAAACAAGGGGGGGGUGUAGGUGGACUUCAAAAUACGGGGGCAGCGUGCCCCUGCCAAGACAGCAACGGACGCGCUUCAACUCAGCGCAAACCAGUACACAAGCAGCUCAGCGAAGUCAUGGAGGCCGAUCAAGCUGCCGCUGCACGAGCGCUAGCCCAGGAGGCUGCUCUCAGGGCGCGGGAAGAAGCCGAGCAGUCGAAGCUCGGCGUUCCCCUCAGCAAUGAUCUGUUGAGAGCGUUUCGGCUUGUGCUGCUCAAGACCGGCGGCAAGGUCAUGAGCGCCCUUGCUCAGAAGACGUUCCAAGCCUUCCCGAUCGCAUACGCCGCGAUCACCUGCAAGCAGUCAGAACAGAUGGAUAAAGGUGAACGUGACGUGGUGUGUACGAAGACCCUCGUGGAGUUCGCCAUCCCGCAGUUCAUCGUGCUGGCGAAGGCUGCAGCGAAGAAGCUUGAGCUGCCGCUCCCGCUGGACAUCGAGGACAAGAUGUAUCUCACGUCGUUGGGCACAGGAAAAAAACCGGCGGUAUCGUUUAAAGAUAAACCCAGGGCCUGCUGGACCAAAUGGGAAACCAUCAAGCGAGACUACACGAAGGAGAUCCAGAUCAUCUAUGACGAAGGUCCCCAGACCGCGUCCGAAUUUGAAUCGGGGCAGUCAUCCGAGGACUACGCAGCCAAGCUUAUCGAGGAAGUGUGGCAGCGCUCCGACGAGUGCAAGAAGGCGGAGGCCGUGGACCUCACCCAGACAACACCAGCAGUGAUCGCCGAUGCUGGGUCUCUGUCAGCGGCAGCGGCUAGGUUCCAGGAGGUUGGUACGGGGUCGGCAGGAGAGGGGUCGGCAGGAGGACAUGAGAUGGAUCCGAAGCCCGAGUGCGAUUGCGAUCCACCGCAAGAGUGCACCAUUGCCGUCGAUGAGAACGGAAAAAAAUACUGGCAGUGCGCGACAGAGGCCGUGCGUCCGUUGGAAAGCUGCUUCUGCUACAUCCUCCAUGGUGCCGACGAGGUGGACGCCGCGGGCGAAGGCGGGCUUCCGAGCUCCGGUGGUGCGGAGGCAGCAGGGGCGGGCGUGGGCUCCGGUGGCGGGGAGGCGGUGGGCAAGCAAGACACAGCGGGGAAGGGGGAAUCAACCCCGGUGCCUGACGGAUGGUUCCACCCGUACAUCAUCAUCGCUGCUGCGUGGUCUCCCUGGGGCGGGAACUGUCCCACCCAGUGGCAAAACCUAUCCGCGUCUGACGGCAAAGCUCCGACGAACAAGAAGGGCGACCAGAUCGCAUCCGGCCCCCUUUCGAGCCCGGGAGCAUUGGCUGAAUCGACUGCAUCGGCGCGCAAGAUGGAGAACAACAACGGCAACUCCGUGAGUCGUCGCGCGCACCAAGCAGCUUUGAAUGCGGAGACUGACAGGGUUCGCCGGGACAAGAGGGACAACGAAAACAUGGCGCAACAAGAAAAGGCGACGGCCCUUAAAAAGGAAGCGUUGCAGGCUAUGCAGAAGGGGAACGAGAACUCGGGCAAACUGGUGGCGUCGAUGGAGGAGAUGGUGGGUCUCAAGCGGAAAGCGGCGGCUCGGGAGCAGACGGCGGCGGCGGCGGCAGCGAGGAAGAGGAGAUCGAAUCCAUCGAAAAACUGCUCAUGCUGCCAGUCAUGGCCAAACCCAAUCUCCAGAAGCAGCUGGCGACGCUCCUGCAUGAAGGGGUGCUUUCGUGAGAAGAGCUUUUCCUUAUGCGUUCUUCCCUUGCGAGCUCUCUCUCCGGGGGUGGUACUACCCUUUUGUUGGUGUUGGGUUUGUUGGAGGCCGGCCACAAAGCAUGUUGUGUGUUGGAUGCGAUUUAGACCCAGUGCUUGAGAACAGGUGGUUGAAGAGGGAGGGGCGUUUUUUUUUUGCGGGAGAGACACAAAGUGUUGGACUUUUUGGGUGGCUAGGAGAAACAUCCAGUGACGAAGGUAGAAAGGAAGGGCAAAGCGUUGAAUGUAUUCUUGGAGUUAUAUAUUUUUUGCGAGAGAGACGCAAAGGGUGCAGUAGGAGUUUUUUGGUGGCUAGGAGAACCAUCCAGUGCCGAAGGUAGAUGAGAAGGGAGGGCGGGGCGUUGAAGGUAUUCUUGGAGUAUAUUUUUUUGCCUCCUCCACUGUGAAGUCGCAGUAUGGGUAGAAAACGAUGGCGGACCAAUAUCCGAUGGCCGUACCCAAAGUUCUUUUCGCAACGUUGCAUGCCAAGGUGACGCAACGAUACAUGAACC